AUGGGAAUGUUCGACUUGGUCAUCGUCAAUGCGCGGGUGGUGUCUGCUAGUGACAUUGUGACUUGUUGCAUCGGAGUCAAGAAUGGCAAGAUUCGAACACUCGUAGACAGUUUCGGAGACGAGGAGAUCCAGAGCGCUAGGGUUAUUGACGCACAAGGAGCUUAUGUGAUGCCAGGAGGCAUCGACGCCCAUGUUCAUUUAUGUCAAGAUCUGAAAACUGGGCCGCAUGGACUGGGAGGUGCAUGCUCGGAUAACUUUGAAACGGGUUCCAAGAGCGCCGCCGCGGGGGGAACCACCACAGUCAUCACAUUCGCGACUCAGACUCGUGCGGAAGAGGAUAAGAGCUUACUCGAUGUCAUCAAGGCGUACAGUGCACGGGCAGAGGCUACGGGGAGUUAUGUCGAUUACGGCUUCCACAUUAUUAUCGUGCGAAAUGAUAAGGACGUGCUGCAGAAGGAAAUGCCCAUCCUGAGAAAAGAAUGGGGAAUCAGUAGCUGCAAGCUGUUUUUGACCUAUGAGACGCAACGGCUGACAGAUUCGCAACUUCUGGAUGUUAUGUAUGAGGCCAAACAGAACUCUAUGACGACGAUGAUCCAUGCAGAGAACGGUGACAUGAUCCAAUGGCUUACAGACAAGUUGGAAAGCAAGGGAAUGGUCGCCCCUUAUUAUCAUGCUCUUUCAAGGCCACCUCUGGUCGAGGGAGAAGCCACAAAUAGAGCCAUUGCCCUUGCGCAACUUAUCCAGAACCCUAUUCUGUUCGUCCACGUGGGCUCCGCACUCGGAGCCAAGAAUGUGCGCAGGGCGCAGACAAUUGGACUACCUGUCUAUGCAGAGACUUGCCCUCGAUAUUUCCACCUGACAUGGGAAGACCUGAAACGGUUCCACUCCCCCACAUGCUUCGAAAAUAGCAAGAUGAUCUGCUCACCACCUCCGCCUCCAGACACGUCUGAUCAAGAAGAGUUGUUUGUUGGUCUUGAGAACGGCACAUUCACCAUUUAUUCAUCUGAUCAUUGUCCCUUCCGGUACGACCAUCCACAUGGCAAACCGUCCGGGGUACUCGAGGACCCAAAGAGUAUGGAAGGCGAGCAGUACUGUGAGGGUGAUGAGCUCCGUAGCCUCCUAGCAAGGAAGGAAGGCGCUUUCAGGUUGAUCCCGAACGGUAUACCUGGCGUCGAAACCAGACUGCCACUUCUGUAUACCGGAGCUCUCGCAGCUGGUCGAAUUACUCCACAGAAGUUUGUGGAGCUGACAUCGACGAACCCUGCAAAACUUUAUGGUCUGUACCCGCAAAAAGGUACGAUAAUGCCUGGUUCUGAUGCAGACUUGGUGAUCUGGUACCCAGACGACUCGUUCAAACCGUUCAAUCUAGCAAACUCGAUGCUUCAUCACAAUGUUGACUACACUCCUUACGAAGGAAUGAAAUUUGUCAACUGGCCCAGAUAUACCAUUCUUCGCGGCAAGGUAAUUUGGAUGGAGGGAGAGGUACAGGGCAAAUUGAGAGACGGCCAAUAUGUCAAGCGUGGACCUAGCCAACUUGUACGCGGAGUCUCGAAGACUACCCAGGAUCCGCGUCGUGUCGCAUCUUGGCUCUACGAGUGA